GCAGCAUGCAGAUUAGUGCAAUGUUUUUUGGUACUCCUCUCUGGUCCUGAGUCCAGCGGAGCUAGGCUCUCUUUCAGCCCCCGUGCCCCGCUUGGUGACGGUGCCUGAGACCUGCGUCCAGAGGGGCGGCUCCGGGCCGUGGGAGCGGCAGUUGUACGGGGCAGUUCGCCAGCUGGGUCAAGAUCUAGGGAGGCCGAGGGUUGCUGGGAAAGAAAGGACAGCGCUAGUGGGGACCAGGGCGGGGGUUGGCCCGAGGUUUCCUUUCCUCGAUUCAAGAAGAGGACAAGAUACAAAAGGGCCUCUAUCCUCGUACUGCCAGUAGUGAAGGGAUCAGGGGCGGUGACUCCUCAACGCUCCUUAGUUGUGUCUUCAAGAGAAACAGCCUGUGGCUCGGUGGCUGUCCUCUAGCUCCCAGUCUCGGUAAAGCCCAAGAAUCCAACCAGAGGAACCCUAAGAACCCACUCCCAGACUGCAGGCACAGCUGCAGCACCUAUGUGCUUCGCUUCCAGAGGUGCAACUUGCGGGGACUCCACACCAGCACGCGGAGGGCCGCAGCAGAGGGCCCUUUGAGGGGCCGGGCCAGUACUUCCCCUGGACCGCCUCCUCUGAUUUGACUCACACUUGCUCGACUGGUUCACGUCUCUGCCAACAGCUUUCUUCUUUUCCUUCCUGUCGCUUCCCUGGUAGCCCCGGAAGUGGAAACAGGCAUAGGUCGGAGGCUGCGGCGGGGACGGGAGGCGGAGCUGGGGUAGCUGCUCUCGUAACUCCCCCUGGCGCUGAGCCCAGCUGCUCCAGGGGAGGGGUUACUGCCGCUCUUCGGUACCUUACCUUUGCCCUCUUUCCCUACCCUGAGGGUUCUCUGGUCGUCUAUCUCGGGGGCAACCCCAAGUUCCGCCCCCAGCUUUUCUUUAAGGGCUGCCCGGUCCACACCCUUCUCAGACAGCCUAUGGCCCUGCUUUCCGACCGUCUUUCCCUUUUUCCCAAGAGUGACCCCAGGACCACACCCUUUGCCAUACCUCCCUCUUUCUCGGAUUCAGGACUGUAUUUUUCCGGGAGAAGAACAGGAGGCGGCAGGGAGCGGUGUUGUGGUUAAGGCAUCAGAACUUACCACGAUGGCUGUGACUUAAAAUCUUCAGGAACUCCCGGGGUCAUGGCCCAGAAGCACCCCGGACAAAGAGGGUUAUGUACAGCCCACCACAGUGGUGAUGCCUCUCUUGGGACUUUAGGACCCUCUGUGGACCCUGAAAUACUUUCAUUCUCAGGACUGAGGGACUCAACGAGGCCUGCUCCUAAUGGUACCCACUGCCUCACAGAGCACUCUAGUCUUAAGUACACACAGCCCCCAAACCCAGCUCACUGGUCGGAUCCAAGCCAUGGUCGCCCAAGGGGUCCGGGACCCCCUAGAGAUGGAGAGGACCCUGAUCAGAGCGAGGCAUCUUCAGAAGAAUCAGGAGCGGACCAGGAACUCUCAAGAGAGAAUGAGGCUGGGCACCAGGAGGAUGUGAACCCAUUUCUUUCCAUUCCAUCUGCUUGCAGCUGCCAGGGAACCCCUGGAAUCCCUGAAGGGCCUUACUGUAGGGGAGGAGAUAGCUCUUCUAGCAACUUUUGCCACCAUUGUACCUCUCCAGCUUUGGGGGAAGAUGAGUUCGAAGAGGAAUAUGAUGAUAAGGAACCCAAGUUCCCCAGUGAUUUUUCACGUGUGCCCAGUGGAAAGAAACCUCCACCCAGGAGACAGCGGCACCGUGUUCCGGCCAAGGAGGAUACUCGGGAGGGUGGACGCAGAGAUCCCAGGACCCCUGGUCGACAUCGGCUGGGUCGGAAACGAAGUCAGGCAGAUAAGCGCAAGGGCCUGGGAUUAUGGGGAGCAGAAGAACUGUGUCACCUUGGACAGGCAGGCUUCUGGUGGUUAAUUGAACUGCUGGUGUUGGUGGGAGAGUAUGUGGAAACUUGUGGUCAUCUCAUCUAUGCAUGCAGGCAGCUGAAAGGCAGUGAUUUGGACAUUUUUCGAGUCUGGGUGGGAAUCUGGGCAGGACAAAUGGGUGGUUGGGCCCAGGUGAUGUUCCAAUUUCUGAGCCAUGGAUUUUGCUAUGGGGCAGGGCUGUUCACCCAUUUUCUUAGGCUUCUGGGUGCUUUGCUUCUUCUGGCUCUGGCCCUUUUCUUGGGGUGUCUGCAAUUGGGCUGGCGGUUUCUUGUGGGACUAGGUGACCGGUUAGGCUGGAGGGGUAAAGCCACCUGGCUCUUCGCUUGGCUGGAAUCUCCCACCUUGCAGCGUUGCCUGAUUCUGCUGAGAGAUAGCAGGCCAUGGCAGCAGCUUGUAAGAAUGGUUCAGUGGAGUUGGCUGGAGUUGCCUUGGGUCAAACAGAGGACUAACAGGCAGGGGGAUGCACCUGUAGCUAGUGGUCGCUGCUGCCAGCCUGAAGAGGAAGUGACUCGACUCUUAACCAUGGCUGGGGUUCCUGAGGAUGAGCUAAACCCUUUCCAUGUGUUGGGGGUUGAAGCCACAGCAUCAGAUGUUGAACUGAAGAAAGCCUAUAGGCAGCUGGCAGUGAUGGUUCAUCCUGACAAAAAUCAUCAUCCUCGGGCUGAGGAGGCCUUCAAGGUUUUGCGGGCAGCUUGGGACAUUGUCAGUAACCCUGAAAGGAGGAAGGAGUAUGAGAUGAAACGAAUGGCAGAGAAUGAGCUGAGCCGGUCAGUGAAUGAAUUUCUGUCCAAGCUGCAGGAUGACCUCAAAGAGGCAAUGAAUACUAUGAUGUGCAGCCGAUGCCAGGGAAAGCAUAGAAGGUUUGAAAUGGACCGGGAACCUAAGAAUGCCAGAUACUGUGCUGAGUGUAAUAGGCUGCAUCCUGCUGAAGAAGGAGACUUUUGGGCAGAGUCAAGCAUGUUGGGCCUCAAGAUCACCUACUUUGCUUUAAUGGAUGGGAAGGUGUAUGAUAUAACAGAAUGGGCUGGAUGCCAGCGUGUGGUAAUCUCCCCAGAUACUCACAGAGUCCCUUAUCACAUCUCAUUUGGUUCUCGGAUCCCAGGCACCAGUGGGCGACAGAGAGCCACCCCAGAUGCGCCUCCUGCUCACCUUCAGGACUUUUUGAGCCGGAUCUUUCAAGUACCCCCAAGACAGAUGUCCAAUGGGAACUUCUUUGCAGCUCCUCAUUCUGGCUCUGGGGCCACUGCAGCUUCCAAGCCCAACAGCACAGUACCCAAGGGAGAAGCCAAACCGAAGAGGCGGAAGAAAGUGAGGAGGCCCUUCCAACGUUGACACUUGUUUUCUUCUUUCCUUAAAUCAAUGUCAGGGAGUCAAAAGGGCUGUGUACAGCACAGGAUGGAGUUUGAUUUAUUUUUAAUUAUUUAAAAAAGGGAAAAUUUUAAGCUCAAAUAGUUCACUCAGUACUUGUUGGAAGCCCCAGAACCACUCUUCCUCCUCCACCAGCACCCAGGAAUUGAAUCUUGUCUUCUGACAAUACCAAAGAAAUAGGGGGUGGCUAGAGCAAAGAACCUAGGGCAUGGACCUGGACUGGAUGUUACCUCCCAAAGCAGGGUGGGAACUGGGUAUUUCCCUGGUGUCUAUAUGCCUUUGUCUUGUCUUUUGCUUCUACAGCAAAUGACACCUGCUUCCCUUUUUUAAAAUUGCAAGUCUAUUUUAUUUCUUGACCCAUUUCAGGAGGGGACCCCCGCCCUUAGCCCAAUGUACUAGUUAAGAGACAAUACAAGAAAAUGUGUAGCCCUAAUUAUAGGAGAUACAUAGAGUUCAAUGAGUGGGAACUCUGAAUUUUUUCUUUCACCUUGUGGGCAACUGCCCAAAUUUAUGCUUGUUGCUGCAGGGAUGGCCAGAACUAAUAAUUUUUAAAAAUCAAACUUAUGCCCUCUGCUCUUGGGUGAAGGGGAAGGAUAAAGGGGAUCCUGGCAGCCUCCUUAUGAUCCAAGGGUUUGUAUUUUUUUAAGUUUGUUCAUAUUUGUAUGUACAUAUCUAUUUAAAGCCAGGAAUUAUCUUUCUAUAAAUAUAUAACUGGCAACACAUUUUUUCCCUCUCUUUUCUCUUAUAAUAGCUGGUAUCCUUUUACACAUUUGAGAAUCCUUUCUCUUAGUGUUAGUUGAGAGUGAAGGGCACUCCUACUAAACCAAGGAAGAGGGGAUACAAAACACUUAAAGAAGGUUUGUGCAAUAAGUCACUGUUCUAUCUUCUUCCCCUGCCUUGUAAGGACAUCUCACUACUUUUUCGUGCUGACCACAUAGUAGCCAUAUCUGAAAAAAAAAA